GCAAUGACAUCUCAGAAGCAGCCCAACCCCAAUGCCUUCAGAAAUGGGAAGGGAAAGGGGCGGGACUUUGGGAAGGAAAAUCUAAAAGCCCAGGUAACUGGGAAUGAGUAUAAGGGGUGCUGCCAACCUCACUGAUGCUCUUUCUCUUGGUGGUUCUCAAUUCUCACUUCAGUUUAUUUCCAUUUUAUUUGGGGGUGAAGGAUUUGAUAAAACGAAGAUGAAUGAACCUCAGCCACGAUAUAUCAUUAACCGUCCGGCUUAUUCUUGCAACAACUUUGAUGAAGAGUUUGAGAGGAAAAGUAGGAGUUACCCUCUUGGAGAGAAACUAAAGAAUCUUUUCAGAUGUUCACCAUCCAGACUGAAACUCAUCCUGUACAGCUUGUUCCCCAUACUUGUAUGGCUUCCAAAGUACAAAAUCAAAGAUUACAUUGUGCCUGAUGUCCUUGGUGGAAUCAGUGGUGGGACCAUUCAAGUGCCUCAGGGCAUGGCCUUCGCUUUGCUGGCUAACCUACCUCCAGUCAAUGGACUCUACUCUUCCUUCUUCCCUCUGAUAACCUAUUUCUUCUUAGGAGGUGUUCAUCAGAUGGUCCCAGGCACUUUUGCAGUCAUCAGUAUUAUUGUGGGGACUGUCUGCCAUGAGCUGGCUCCUGAUUCAGAAUUCCAGUAUUUUAACCAUACAGCCAAUGAGAUUAUGAUCAACAACACAGCAAUGGAAGCAGCCAGACUGGAAAUCUCUGCCACCUUGGCUUGUUUGACUGCUAUAAUACAGAUAUGCUUGGGAUUCGUGCAGUUUGGCUUCGUUGCCAUCUACCUUUCAGAAUCCUUCAUUAGAGGUUUUAUGACAGCAGCUGGCCUUCAAAUCCUCAUCUCUGUCCUCAAGUAUAUCUUUGGCCUGCAGAUAGCAUCCUACACAGGACCCCUUGCUAUUGUCUAUACUUUUAUUGAUAUUUGUAAAAACCUGCCAAAGACCAACGUGGCCUCCUUUGUGUUUGCCUUGAUCAGCAGUGUGCUCUUGAUUAUUGUGAAAGAGCUGAACAUAAAAUACAUGAAGAAGAUUCGAGUGCCCAUUCCCAUGGAGAUCAUUAUAGUCAUAAUAGCUACUGCAGUUUCUGGAUGUUAUAAUAUGCCUGAGAAAUAUGACAUGCCAAUUGUUGGAGCUAUUACUAUGGGUUUUCCAUCUGCCACUCUACCUGAGGUGGGAAAAUGGAAACACAUGAUUGGUACAGCUUUUUCACUUGCCAUUGUGGGCUAUGUGAUCAACCUGGCAAUGGGCAGAACUCUUGCAACAAAGCAUGGCUAUGAUGUGGAUCCAAACCAGGAAAUGUUGGCCCUGGGUUGCAGCAAUUUCUUUGGAUCUUUUUUCAAAAUCCAUGUGAUCUGCUGUGCUCUUUCUGUAACCUUAGCUGUGGAUGGAGCCGGAGGAAAAUCUCAGAUAUCAAGUUUUUGUGUGGCAGUGGUAGUGAUGAUUACCAUGUUGGCUUUGGGGACCUACCUUAGCCCCCUUCCUAAGGCUGUAUUGGGAGCCUUGAUAGCUGUGAACCUAAAGAAUUCUCUCAAACAACUGACUGAUCCAUACUAUCUCUGGAAAAAAAGCAAGCUGGACUGUCUGGUGUGGGUGGUGAGCUUCCUAGCAUCUUUCUUCCUGAGCUUGCCCUUUGGACUUGCCGUGGGAGUGGGCUUUUCCAUCCUGGUGGUGGUUUUCCAUACCCAGUUUCGCAAUGGUUCUGUCCUUGGCCCUGUGGCUGCUUCUGAUAUAUACAAGAACCCCAAAGUCUACAAUAAGGUCCAAGAAAUAGAAGGGAUUAAAAUUGUCACCUACUGUUCUCCGCUAUACUUUGCUAAUUCAGAGAUAUUUAGAGAGAAAGUCAUUGCCAAGACUGGAGUGGACCCCAUAAAAGUCUACUUAGCUAGGAAAAAAUAUGUGAAGAAUCAGGAAAAGGCUGCAGCAGCAGCAGUGAAAGCAGCCACCGCCGCACAAAAAUCAAGCAAAUUGAAAUCUCUCUUCAGGAAGAACAAGACAAUGUCUCUGCAAGAACUUCAGAAGGAUUUUGAAAGCACUUCUCCAACAGAUACCAAUAACAACCAGACUGCAGCUAACGGCAACAGCGUCUCUUAUAUCGCUUUCAACCCUGCAGUGAAUGUUUCAAGGCAGGUCAAUGCUACCUGUGAACAGAGGUGCACUGCUAGUCAUCGGAGCAGCACCUGCAGUGUUAUCCCCACCUCAAGUGUCGAUCCUAUUAUCACAGCACCUCCAUUUGUCAAUGUUCACACAAUCAUCUUGGAUAUGAGUGGAGUCUGUUUCGUGGAUCUAAUGGGCACAAAAGCUUUGGGCAAGCUAUGCACCAACUAUCAGAGGAUUGGAAUUAAAGUCUACCUAGCCAAUAUACCUGCCCAAGUUUAUGAUGACAUUCGCACUGGAGGAGUCUUUGAAGAAGGAGGCCUUGAGCCUAGUCAUCUCUUUGUGACCAUACAUGACGCUGUUAUGUUUGCAACAAUAAAUGGCAACAAAGCUGUAUAUCGCUCUGCGUUAGACCAGAGAUCAAGUCAGAUAGAAGUCUCUAUCUCUGAUGAAUCCUUGGAAGAUAGUAGUGCAGAAUUCCAAAACCUGGAAGAAGAAAUGUUUGGAAGCAUUUUUCAUUCGGAUGCACAGACUACAUUGUGAAUUCAAAGAGAAAACUAGUGAGAUGGAAAACAUCUUGACCAUGAUAUUCCUAUAUGAAGGAAGGCAAGGAAAACAACUUUGUGCAUUUUUGGCACAGGACCAUGGGUACAUUUACAGCGUGGGGACAUCUCUCUUACCUGGCAUUCUCUCCUUCCAUUCCAAACUGUUUAUCAAACUCAGAGCAACAGAUUCUUGAAGCAGCUGGCAUGGGCAACAGAAGGAGGAACUCAGGGAAUACUUUUCUCUGUCCAGAAGGAGCAGAAGAGUACAUGACAGUUACUAUUUCUCUCUUAUUCCCAUUUCCUUCUUCCUAUAUUUCAAACAAUGCUUACAAACCCAAGACUGCAUAUAAUACAUCUGCAUAACUUAAUAACUUCCCAGCAUCUUGAACAUCAAGAAUACAGACAGUGUUUGGUUGACUGGCAGGUACAACUCUCACUUGCGGUACUGCAAUUUGAAUAUUGAAGGGGACAGUUGUUUCUAAAGGGUGCACUGAAUUUUAUAGACUUCACACAAAAAGUAAGCUGGUCUCAAUGAUGCUGCCUAGCUCAUUCUCUGUUUUUCUUAGUAAAAUCCACACAAAACUGCUUGAAUUUUUGUGGCCUAAAUGCACCAUGCAUAUUUGGUGACUAUCCAUAAUUUCUUAGAACAUGCACUAAGAAAUUACAUGUGCUAUGGUACUGAGCAUCAUCAAAUGAUGGCCUAAAGAUAGUGCUACCUUUCCAUUAGUCCUCUACCUUGCCUUAUUUUUCCUGUUUUGGAACCCUUCUGUUCACGGAGGGGGGGGAUUAUUACUUUCCAUAGGAGCUAAAUGCAAAAUACUUUCCCAGUACUGUACUUUGAAUGGAAAAAUGAAGUUUAGUUGGCAUGCAGCCUUCUAAAUGGACACGAAGCCAAAUACUAUGUUUUCAUUUAUCUUGAUGGCUUUCUAACUAGUCCUCAUCUUUAGGAAUUUCAAAAGAAAAGCUACUUCCAAAGUAUUUGGUGCUUUAGGUCCCUGUUCUCAAUAGCCAAACUUUUAUGACAAGUUCAGCUUGGGUUCAUUUUGGGAAAUACAGGCUGAAAGGAGCUGAGUCUGAUUGCCAGUCCCAUACAUAUUGUGUACAGAAGAGGAUACAGAGAAAUUGUAUGUCUUAAAUACUGUGUUAAAUAUAUUUAGAAUGCAACUUACUCCAUGCACAGGCAUCACCUUACAUGCAAUUUAAGCUUAAAACUAGCAUUUGGUUUAUUAUAUGAUUCUUCUCAAGCUGUUUUAGGCCAUUCAAACGCAUGGUUUUUCUUUAAUGUACAUAACAAAGAGAAUCUACCUCUUAGGCAGACCUGCCUAAUUAGUUAACAUAGAGCCUCUUUUGUAAUUAUAUUUUGUUAAUGCAAAAUAAUUUUUAUAUAAAAAUGUGAAUGAUGCAAAUUAUUAUUGAUGUUGGAUAGUUUUCUGUCCUAAUACAGUCUUGCACCCUCAAAGGUGUUGAAUCUUUAAAGCUAUGACUUAAGGUUAAAAGCAUUCCAAAGUUAAUGCAACGCUUGAGAUUUCCAAUUCAAGCUAAAUGACAUGGAAGGAUGAGGGAAUAUAAGUUUGUAUGAAAAUGCUGAUCUUUACAAGUAUCACUGUGAACAUUUGUUUGGGGGGGCUCAUAACCCCUACCAAUUUCUAAAUAAAUUUUUUUUAA